GGAGCACUAAGUGAAAGCAAGAUGAUAGAUUGUGCUGAGAACCUUCGUAACUUUCGCCUCCAGCUUUGCGGUUGGGCCAACCGUGGGAAGAAUUGAGUUAUCUUAGGCCCAGGCCAUCCAGAUUCUUAGAACCAUUAAAAGAGAAGGCCUCCAAAAGGUAGAAGAGUUCGGGAGUGUCGGUGGGGUGCAGAGCUGGCUGCCGUUGCCAGAGCAGGUUCAUAUUGAGAUCCAUUGAAGGCCUUCUGCUGACGGGCAAAGUCAGGCUCACCACACCAGGGAACACGAAGCAUGAGGGACAGAGUGGGGGCUCUGGGCACCUGCCUCGGGAACGUGCAGGGGGCAGGAGAGGACUCGGACAAGCUGCUGUGUGGACCUGAAGGAGCACAGCGGGGGAGCCCUUGCCCUUCCCCCUGGAUGCGGGCGCCUGUGGUUCAUAUAGAUGGAAAUUCACGAAGUGAGGCGUCCCCAGCGGAAGUGAAAAAUGCUCAGAGUGAUGUCAGCCUCUCACUUCACGACGACAACAAAGCACUUCCGUGUUGGAAGGAGUCAUUAAGAAGCAGCUCAGCUUGCGCAGCGGCCCGGAGCCAGACUGCGUAUCCGUCCUGCGCCCCUGCAGGAGCGCGGUGUGCUGGGGUGGCCUGCAGUGCGGGGAGAGGCUGGCCGGAAGGAGGGCCCGGGGCCAGCGACAGCCACCGAGGAUGGCUCCGCACGAGAGAGCUGUGGGGGUCAGGACUACCAUGCCUUCAGAAACGAUCAGAGGUGGGGGUUUCUGAGGAGGAACCGCCAAGUGCUCUUCUAGAGGGGCGAGGCUCUGAGUCGGAACUAUCUUGCCUGCGUUUCAUCCUGUCUCCGCUGCUGUGCGCACGCCCUGAAGUUUUCCUGAACGAUGAGACACAAUGGGUUUUCUUUGGCCGUUCAGAGCCCGCUUUUCCCGAGCAAACAGAAUACAAGAAAAGGCUUUUACGUGUCCAGAGUACCUCAGCUGGUCUGCAGAUACCGCUGCGGUUACCAGCUCCGUCAGCUUUGCGAGUAGCAAGUCGGUUAUGUCAUCGUUAAGGUACAAGCAGAACAAUAAAAAUAGUGAGAUUGAUUUUAAAAGCGGUCUUAGAACGAUUUCUUUCACAUGGAGUCUGGAGACCUGUUACCAGGGCAGCCGCGACGUUCCUGCCUCCAUGGUGUGAUCAGACAGACUUCCAGGAGGUGGGAUUGAAACUCCUAGGAAGCUGGUUGAUGCUUUUUGAGCUUUAAAUGUGCUUGAGAGACAUUCAGUAUUGGGCCACCGCUGCAGGAGGACAUUCGUGUGCCCUGUGUCCUGUCAGGUUAGAGCGUGACGAUUUAACGGACUUCUCUGUGGGUCUUCAGCUCUCAUUGCCAAGGGCUCCUGUCCCAGAUACCAUCUCAUCAGACCGUCUGCUCAUCUGCUGGAAGUGGCCGUUGGUAUAAGUCAGCCCCUCUGUAGUUGAUGGUUAGCUGUCCCCAUUUCCAUGUUCUGUAGCAUAAUUCUGAUCUGCAGCACAAUUUGGUUUCUCUCCUCAUGUCCCCUCUCCAUCCAUUUGAAACACACUGUAAAUGGGGGCCCUACAGUGAAUGUUGCAAUAUUAUUAAAUGUGCUUUUAGCAUAAUCCUUUCUCAAACUGGGAACCCUGCCAGUGCCGCCUGAAAUAAAAGCAAGCUUGGGACUUCGCUGCAGCUCAGCCAGGGAGAGACGGACCUAGCGUUUCCCUUACAUGAAGGUUCCAGUUUGGGGGAGUGGAGAGAUCUCUUAUACUAAUGUUUUUUUCUGAGGUAACUCCUCGGGUUGUUGAUAACUCUGAUAAAGGUCACUUGAGAGAGCGUGGAGUUUUUAAGGAGUCCCCGGUUUCGGUCUCCUGAUCGCCCAUAUCCGUCUGUGUGCUAAAUUACCCUGCCGUGUGCAGUUUCAGUGUUUUGGGAAAGUGAAAACUUAAAACUUGUUACUUAGCAUAAUAAACGUCUUAUUUUAAGUGGGUA